CUUCCUUCCUUUCUUCAUUACGUAUACGUAUAUCUUUAAUCCUCCUUCAAUCCUUUCUUUUAUUUAUACUUGUAUUAGCUAGCUAAGCUUGAAGGUCGAGAAAAAAGAAAUGGGCGGUAACGGCGGGGAAGCAGCGUCGUCGUUUGGGGCCGUCAUUAACGUACCAUUCGCAUGGGAGCACAAGCCUGGAGUUUCGAAACUGGCCGCGGCUAACGGUGACCAAAUAAGUCGCCGUCGUCAUCAUCUUCCUCCGCCCCCUCCACUGAAGUGCAGAAUUCACAAUUGCCGGCAGGAAUCUGAAUUUGCGUUGCCAGUAGUCGACGACGACCCUUUCUUGGUGGCAUACAGGAAGUGUACGGACCAGGAGACGGCGGCCGAUUUGUUUGAGGAGGAGGACGAUGAUGAGGGUAGAAGUAGUAGAUUGAUCACCAUAUCAAGAAGGAGUUGGUCGUCGGCGAGGAAGAAAAGGGCGUCGACGGCGGCGGGCUUGCUUUGUCCCACGACGUUGGCGUCGGGGGCUCUUUCUUGCAAGUACUCAUGUGGGGUGCGGAGCGACAAUCUAGUGAGGGUGCAGCCGUCGUCUCAGCAACGGCAGCGGCAGCGGCAGCGGCAGAAUGCUAUUCUUUCAGCGGCUUCACCGACGACGACAAAACUUUACAAGGGAUGAUGGAUUUUGUACUUCUCGGCCGUGUUUGUAUUCUUGGCUAGAAAAACUCGUGUCUACUGUUGAAUGGCAUUGAUGUUGUACAACAAGUUAGGUGGGAUUCAGUUCAGCAUUUCCGGGUUUUAAUUUCCGGAAUAAAGCAUUAGUUAAACA